AUGUGGAAGAAGUGGCCAAGAGAGAAAAAGGUGAUCCUUCCCCUGCUGAUCCUUUUUCUCCUCAUUAGCGUACAAAAAACAUUUCGGUGUGAAAGUGUUAAACUGGAAAGGGUUCCAUUUGAUAGAGAGUCCGUCAGGGGAUCUUUAAAAAACAAAUUAAAAAAAUAUGAGGGGAGUAAAUUGGUACUGGUAAGUAACCUACCUCAUUUGUCAGUAACACAUACAGAGUUUUUGCGCCUGCUGGACGGGGAAGGGGGUCACCAUGUAGGGAAGUUUGUUCGCCUCGGGGGUGGUGGUGGUGGUCAUGUACUACUCCCCGCGGACCCCGCCAUGUACGAUGGGCUGGUGAUCAUCCUGGAUGUCUUGGAUGACCAAGUGGUCGAAUCUCUAACCAGCAAAUAUGUGAACAGUUUCAGAGAAAAUAAGAAAAACAUUUUUUUAUGUCUCAAUAGUGUUAGCGGGAAAAACGGGAUACAAUUCUUAACAGAGUUACAUAUUCAAGUGUAUGCAGGUGGACUAUACGUGAAGGACCCCUUUGGAAUGGCAUCAGGAAAAGGGGUGGAAAUGCCUGAGGGGAAAAGCAACUUGGGGGGGUGCGCUUUCUACACAGGAGAAAUAAUACGAGACACACCAAUCGUUGUUAACCCUUCCGGAGGGGGAAAAAAGAAAAAUUUACUCUUCCAAGGCACAGCACAUGUCAUGAUGGAAAAAACAAACAACAUUCUCGAAAUCGUAACUUGCACAAAGACAUGUCUGCUGUAUGAUAAAAAUGACCAUGUGGUGAAAAAAGCAAAACAGGGAACAGAUUUAUCUUUAGUGUCUUCCAGUCAGUGGGACAAUAACUCACGCUGUGUUUUUUCAUCCUCAAGUGAAAUUUUCUCCGACCUUUUUUUUCACAUAAAUGGAGAAAAUAAAAAAUUCGCAAAAGAGAUAGUUGCGUGGAAUUUUAAACAGAGUGGCAUCGUCGGAUACGAUAAGUUUAAACUGUAUGCAGUUGGAGGAAAUAUGGACCAUACAGGAGGAGGGGACCUCUUAGGGGGGGAUCGCAUAGGGGCUACUCCCUUUGUCGCUAACGAUUUAAUUCACCUGUCCAUUGACCUUUACGAACUGAAGAGCAACUUCUGGGUCCCCUUCAAACGGAGAGACAUUCAAUACGAACUCGUCAAAAUGGAAAUUCAAAGAAGAGAUUUUUUAAACCUGUACAAAAAUGCGGACAGUCCAACGUACUACACAAAUUUCCAUUUACCAAACGAACAUGGUGUGUAUAAAAUAAAAAUAUUUUUUCGCAGAAAAGGCUACAACAUUUUAAAUUUGCAUUUUUUCCUCCCCGUUCGAUCUCCCCUGCAUUAUGAUAAGAACAAAAAAGUGCAAUUUGCGUUUUAUCCAUUUUAUACGUACAUUUAUCUGUCUCUUUUGUGUUUUUUUGUUUUCAUUUUGCUCAUUAUGUUUGACGAUUCGCGGGGGCCCACCGAGGAUCACGGUGAAGGGAGCCACGGCAAAAAGGACAAAAUGGACUAG